AUGCGAUUUUACCUGGAUCGCUCCGUGGAGAAUCCUCUCGAACGUUUGGCUAUCAAGGUGGCGGACGCUUCCUUCCCUUAUGGUUGGGAAUACCUUAGUGUCCCAGAUCGGCUCGUCCAGACACCACUCACGGACCGUGUCUACCUAACACUCACGCAAGCACUCGACAAUCAACUUGGUGGCGCUCCAUUCGGUCCUGCUGGCACAGGUAAAACCGAGUCCGUCAAAGCUCUUGGUGUCCAACUUGGGCGUUUUGUGCUCGUAUUCUGUUGCGAUGAAACAUUUGACUUCCAGGCAAUGGGUCGUAUUUUCAUCGGUCUGUGUCAAGUCGGUGCCUGGGGAUGUUUCGACGAGUUCAAUCGACUCAAAGAGCGUAUUCUCAGCGCAGUUUCACAACAAGUCCACAGCAUUCAGCAAGGUCUUGCCUCGCUCGUCAGGAACCCCGACACGGAGAUCGAGUUGGUCGGCAAGAAGUUGAAGAUUAACAAGAACAUGGGCAUCUUCAUUACCACCAUUCCCAACUAUGCAGGUCGUUCUCAACUGCCUCCCAAUUUGAUCAAACUCUUCCGGCCAAUGGCUAUGACACGCCCCGAUCGCGAGCUUAUUGCUCAAGUCAUGUUAUUCUCGCAAGGUUUCCGUACUGCGGAGUCCCUCGCAUCGAAAAUUGUUCCCUUCUUCAACCUUUGCGACGAACAGUUAUCACCGCAACCUCAUUACGACUUCGGUUUGCGAGCCCUGAAGGUUGUGUUAGCUAGUGCUGUUAUUCUCAAACGUGAACGUUUGCUCAGCGCACGAGCCGAUGCGGGGAAUGAUGACACCGUUGUUGAGCUAUCGGAUGGGAUUUGGGAGCAAAUCAUCCAAAGUGUCACCGAAACGAUUGUCCCCAAGUUGGUCGCAGGCGAUGUUCCCCUUCUUACUAACCUUUUAGCUGACGUUUUCCCUGGCGUCGAUUACCUACCAGUCGAUCUCGAUAAGCUACGCGAACAAAUUCUCUUAGUGUGUGCAGAGCGCCGUCUCACACCUAGCGACAAAUGGAUCGCGAAGAUUCUGCAACUAUAUCAGAUCCAGAAAACUCAGCAUGGUCUGAUGAUGGUGGGGCCAUCGGGAACUGGCAAGACGAACGCAUGGCAGGUCUUACUGGCUGCUCUCGAACGACUGGAUGGGGUUGAAGGUGUACCCUAUGUCAUCGAUCCCAAGGCCAUGGAUAAGGAAGCGCUCUAUGGUACUCUGGAUGCAACGACACGUGAAUGGAAUGAUGGUCUGUUUAGGCAUAUUCUGCGUAAAAUCGUGGACGACGUACGUGGCGAAAGUGGCAAACGCCAUUGGAUCAUCUUCGAUGGAGAUGUUGACCCAGAAUGGGUAGAGAAUCUGAACAGUGUCCUCGACGACAACAAGCUUCUAACGCUUCCCAAUGGUGAACGUCUGAAUUUGCCUCCUAACGUGCGCAUUAUGUUCGAAGUUGAGCAUCUCAAGUAUGCGACCUUGGCCACCACGUCAUCGAUCCUCAAAUGGUCUAUCGACACUAUCUCGAGACACUCGCCGCCCCUCGACGCUGACGACGAAGACGCGGGUGAUAUAAUUGAGCGCAGGGUCGAUCCAUCAGCAAGCGAAGCCGACAACCUGGCGACACAAAAGGAAGUCGCGUCCAUCUUAGAGCAAUACUUCGAGGAUGGAGAACUGGUCAGCAACGCUUUGACAUUUGCAGACUCCAUCGAACAUAUCAUGGACUUCACUGUGACUCGUGCUCUCAGCACUCUCUUCUCGCUUCUCAACAAGACAGUUCGCAAUAUCAUCGAGUACAACAUCCAGCACCCUGACUUCCCGUUGUCACAUGACCGCGUCGAGCAAUACGUGACCAAGCGACUCUUAGGUAGCUCGCUCAUUGGCUUCGAUGUCCAAAUCUCCAAUGGCGAGUGGAUUGCCUGGCAAUCCAAAGUUCCUGUUAUCGACAUUGAACCCUAUGCGGUCACCGCGUCUGACGUGGUCAUUCCAACGAUGGACACUGUGCGUCACGAGGAGGUUUUAUACUCGUGGCUGUCGGAGCACAAGCCACUGAUGCUUUGCGGUCCUCCUGGUUCUGGAAAGACCAUGACCCUGUUCAGCGCUCUUCGCAAGUUACCCGAUAUGGAGGUUGCUGGCCUCAACUUUUCCAGUGCGACAACCCCUGAACUCAUACUCAAGACAUUCGAGCAAUAUUGUGAAUACCGCAAGACUCCCAAUGGUGUGAUUCUCGCCCGGUUCAGAUUGGCCGCUGGCUUGUAG